CACGUCCUUUAACAUUAAAACAGCAGGACCAUGUUUUUCAGAGCGCUAUCGUGUUUGCUGUGUCUCGUAAUGAUGCUGCCGUUAAUAGUUACGAUUAAUAUGGUUGAAGUAACUCCAGAUGAUCCCACUGUUACUUAUGGUUCUGAUGUUACUCUUACUUGUUCUCAUGAUGAUACUAUCAAUGCUGCUAAUCUUACAAUUGAAUGGACCACUACUGCUAGCAAUAUGGACCUCAGUAGUGUAGUUAUGACUAGUGAUAUCAGUAGUGAGUUAACAUUGUCUAAUGUUGAUUUAUCUCACAAUGGAACUUAUACUUGUGAUGUUGUUGAUGAUGAUAAUGGUACUAUUGAAGGAACCGAUUCUAUUGUAUUGACUGUUAAUCCUCCUGCUCCUAGUGAUAUUUCAAUAUCUCCUUCCAGUCCUUCAGUGGUAUACAAUAAUGAUAUUACCUUCACUUGUACAGUUACAUCACUAGCUACUCCUAAUAUAACAUGGAAUACUACUGCUCCUGAUGAUAUACUUGAUCAACCUGCUGUGAUGUCUCAAGGCAGUGAUGUGUAUACUAGUAGUUUAGUAUUGACUGGAGUUACAUUAGACAGUAUUGGAUCAUAUACAUGUACUGCUACUAAUGAAGGAGGGAGUAUUGAUACUACUGCUAUGCUUAAUGUUACUGUUCCCCUACCAGUUAUACUUGAUCUUAAUGAUCUCAAUGUUACAAUUGGUCUUCAUAUUAAGCUCAACUGUAUAGCAUCAGGUUUUGGUCUUACGUAUAAAUGGGACCUUCGUCUUUGUGGUUAUGAUUGUACAAUUGGUGGAUUUGAUACUCCAAUAUUAUCCCUGGGGCCUGUUAUUUUUGGAUCAGCUGGGGAAUAUGUUUGUAAUGUCACUGAUUUUAUAGGACAGACAGUGUCAAAGAUCAUUAAUAUUACACCAUUGGGUCCUACUUUAAUAUCUUCUAAUGCAUCAAACUGUCGAGUAACUGGGAGUUCUAGUUGUACAGAGAACUGUGAUGCCACUCCAAUACAAGUGAUUAAUGGAACCAAUGAGUUCCUACAGUGUUCAUUCCAGAACAGACCUGAUGCUCCAUAUAACCUCACCGUUGACUGGUUUAUAAGUGAACAAAGGUUUGGGGCUCCUCUUGCUGAUAAUGCUAGUACCUUUGUAACUACCACUCCUGAGGAUGAAAACAGGAUUGUUACGUCAACAAUAUUUUUUAAUCCUGUGAACUAUUUAAACUUUAUCUCACCCAGAGCAGCCAGGUAUGAGCAUGCUUAUACCUGUACGGCUUUUAUCGGGAACUUCUUUAAUGAUCAAGUAAUGAGUGAUGGGACUUGUCUUGAAGGAUUAUUUGGGCCUGUUCUUAUAACAGAGCCUGAAAAGAACUUUACAGCAAAUAUUGGAGACAAGUUCAUAUUUAAAUGUGAUCCUGAUUAUUCUAACCCAAGACCUCAGUUACAAAUUAACAAGAUACUAACGAAUGGAACUGAACUCAAUCUGUAUAAUGGUCAAUCUAUGUUGUAUUCUAUUGUAAAUGUUACCUUUGAUGAUGCUGGUAGUUACAGAUGUGUAUUGACUAAUGCUUAUGGAAGGACUGAGAGCAACUUUCAACUGAUAGUACAAAGUGUUCCUGAUCAAGUUACUGGUGUGACUGUUACUUAUUUGUCUUUUUUUGAAAUUGAAUUCAAAUGGAAUGUCCCUAGUUCUAAUUUUGGUCGUGAUCAGCGCUAUAAUGUUGAAUACAGAUUAGAUCUUGCUGAAGCUAGCUCUUCUAAUAUAACAGGACUUACUAAUCCCAGCUAUCUUCUAAUUGAUUUUGACUUAAAUCGUAAUUAUACUGUCGUUGUAUCCAGUAAUAAUGAAGUUGGUAGAGGGCCUUCCUCAGAUGUUGUUACUUUUCCUAGUAUCAGCUCAGGUAUGGCUAGUUUGCUUCGUGUCCGUACUCCAUCAAUAUUCAUCACUUCUACUCAGAUACAAAUAUUGUGGGAGCUCCCUCCUCUCUUUAGACCAACUGGGCGGAGACCAGCUGAGAUAGGCCGAUAUGUACUGAAUUACAGAGCUAAUGGAAAAGAUACCCCUGUAUCUGUCAGUAACAACUCAUUGAAACAUACAAUGGAGUCUUUGGUCCCUAAUACUGAGUACAUUAUUAAUAUUAAUGUGGAGUAUAGUGAGCCUCAAGGUUUUAAAGGGAAUACUGUUAGUAUCACUGCAAAGACUAAACCUGCAGAUAAUCUUCCUGAAGUUUCAACUAACCUCAGCUCAUCGAACAUCAACGACACAACAAACCCGUCCAUCCAAGUCAAAUGGGAGCCUCUUUCCCCCGAAGAUGGUUCCGAAUUCUUACAACGUUACGUCGUGCGUGUCAAUGUCACUGACCUUGCCGCCAGUAGAGGCUCAAGAAGACGUCGUCAGGCGAAUCCAGUCAUGACUACUCUAGAGUAUAAUGUUAGUAAUGCAGAGAGCCAGUUUGAUUUUACUGACAUUAAGCCAUUCAUGUCUUACUCCAUUGGAGUUAAUGCUGCUCUCCUGGUUGAUGGGCUGGAGAGAGAAGUCCCCAUUACUAGACCAACUAGUGUGGACUCACCUGAAUCCAGUUAG